AUGGUGUAUUUCCCGUUGAUUAGUAGAUCUUUAUCCGAUAAGAAACAAGUCGACGCAAUUUAUGUGGAUUUCGCCAAAGCGUUCGAUCGGCUCCCGCACAAACUACUUAUCGAUAAGCUUGACACUAUCGGAUUCCCCAAAUGGCUGAUCAUGUGGCUAGAGUCAUACCUUCAAGACAGAACCGCAUUCGUCAGACAGGGUCACAUCAAAUCCACAACUUUCGCCGUUCCUUCUGGAGUUCCUCAAGGAAGCCACUUGGGCCCGUUGCUAUUUAAUCUCUAUAUGAACGACCUUUGCGUACUGAUCGAUUCGGAAAUAAUAUUCUACGCCGACGAUUUAAAGUUGUAUCGCACCAUCACAGAUUAUGAAGACUGUGUUAAACUUCAACAAGACCUCGAUAAACUUAUGGUUUGGCGGUAUGAAGCUGCUGGAAUCUGUCCAGAAACGUGUCCUGCGAUAUGCACUGCCGAACUUACCCUGGAACGAACCACAACGGCUUUCCCUUACGACAAUCGAUGCGGAAUCCUGAAAACCGAAUCAAUCGGAUCUCGUUUAUUACUCCUCCGGCGUGUAUUCAUCUUUGAUAUUUUAUCUGGAAACAUCGACAUGCUCUCUACGGGUGACGACCCUAGCUCAUCAAAUGUCACCGUAAGGCUGGUAAACGUUUCCGAAACCUGCGGUGCAAAUUAUGCAGCUCCCGUCGAUCGUCUGACACAGCCGGUAAAUGAAACCAACACCAAUUUCCAUCAACCAGAUCCUGCCAGGCUGAACAUGUUGACUGGAAUCUUUCUUGGAUGCAUGGCCCUUGCAAGCAUCUCGGUGGCAGUAGGGGUAGAUUCCCUGCAACGGUACAGCUUCGGUCGAACCGGUUCCGGAUCAGGAAUUUCCGGCAUUCGUAUGUUGAUCAUCACCGCUAAGCACCUGACCAAUAAGUACCAGCUACUGUUGCUGCCCAUAACGAUGUUUAUAGGCUUAGAACAGGCCUUCAUAGCUGUCGACUUUACUGCGUCAUUCGUGGCGUGCGGUAUUGGGAUAAGCAAGAUCGGUUAUGCAAUGAUCAGUUUUGGGUUGGCGAAUGCUGUGGCUGCUGCAGUGACACCCUACAUCACCAAAACGAUCGGUCGGUUUCCGAUGAUCUUGGGAACGGCCGUGUUCCACGUGGUGCUCAUUGUGUUCAUGCUGACCUGGAAGGCAACAGAUCAGGACUACGUCUAUCCGAUCAUUGCCGCCUGUUGGGGAUUGGCCGAUGGCGUCUGGCUGAUUCAGAUAAACGCCCUCAGCGGCAUUCUGUUCCCGGGCAACGAAGAGGCUGCGUUCAGCAACUUCCGUCUCUGGGAGGCAACUGGUUCGGUGCUGAUGUACGCAACCAGUCCGUUCCUGUCGACCUUCACCAAGUUGGUUUGCAUCGUUUGCAUCAUGCUGAUCGGGACCGUUGGCUACACGAGCAUCGAGGUGAUGGAGUAUCGACUGAAGAAAAGCGCUGCCGGAAAGCGAUUUGAAAUGAUCGAACCUCAGGAAAAGGAAAUUUAAUUGAUGACAAAUGGUUGCAAAGUUGAUCAGUAUUCAAUGAAGAAGUGAUGAAGUGAUCCUAUCCUCUCGUUUGUUGCAAACGUACAGUUUAAGAUAGUUUAUAUAAUCAAAAUCGUGAAAACGUGAUUGAGAACUUAUUACUUGAAAUUACAACAAAAAAUUUUAUAAUAAUAAAAACCGGUUGUUUUAAAUGAGAAAUAUAAUCAAGGCAAUCCAGCACUGAAAAAGACCAAUUAGAGAAACAUUCUAAAGUAAUGCAAGUUUUUGAGUAGAUAAUAACGGAUUUCAGAGGUUAUUGUAAAAUAUGAUUUUUUAACACUUUCCCUUGCAAAGUAAAUAUU